GUUAAUUGUUUUUUUCUUUUCUUCAAAUCAUUUAUUGUUAUGGCGUUGGAAGAGAUCUUUGUUAACGGUGCCACCCGGUUCAUGAAAAAAUUGGUUUCAGUUGCCGCCAAAAAAAUUGGUAAGACUGGGGCUGUAGACAAAGAUCUGCAAAAGCUAAAGGAUACUCUGGAAAUGAUCGCGGCUGUCACAUGUGAUGCUGAAAAGAAGCAGGUGAAAGACAAAGUCGUGCUACUCUGGUUGAGAAGGCUCCAAGACGUUGCAUAUGAUGUUGACGACCUUUUGAAUGAGAUUUCUUACGAAGCUAUGCGUCAAUCCCAAGAAGGUGGAGAUUCGGAUAAGUCUGCAGCAGAGAUACCAAAUUCCUGGAUUACAAGCACAACUAUGUGAAAGUUCUUCAUUACUACACUUGUUUCUUCACUGUAUAUGUUUUUCCAGGAUCUCUUCACUUGGUAUUAUUCGGAACUCACCGAAAGAAUAAAUGGAUGAUGAGGGAUUGUCAGAGGUCGAAUAUGAGGGUGCCUCGGAGACAGUCUAAAUAUCAGUUUUGUGUAUUUGUAUAUGGUGUUCGUUCUGACAAUUAAUGUAUUAUUGUGCCUCAGCAAAUGAUUGUGGUGGCUGCAGUGGUGCUAACCAAGUUGGGUGGAAAUUUGCUUUCUCUUUCAACUGUAAUAUAUUCUCUUGGUAAUCAGUAUCACACCUUCUGUUUUAAA